AUGGCCUCCGAGCUCGGGCAACCGCCGCCGGCGAAAUGCCCACCGAGGGCACCCACCACCAUUACCGAUAUCGGCGACGACCUCCUUUGCGAGAUCUUCCUCCUCCUUCCCUCCCUCCCGAGCCUCGUUCGCGCCGCCCUCGCCUGCCGCACCUUCCUCCACGCCGUCCGUUCGUCCCCCGCCUUCCGCCGCCGAUUCCGGGCGCUCCACCAUCCGCAGCUCCUUGGCUUCUUCCGUGAAACCGGCCGCGAAGCCACCCCUCCCUUCGUCCCCGUCCGCAGAAGCUCCGACCCCGACCUCACCGCCGCCGUCAGCGGUUCCGAUUUCUUCCUCUUCCGCCUCCCUGAAGACAGCGAUUCCACCCCCGGCUGGGAGCUGAAGUGCUGCCACGACGGCUACCUCGGCCUCGCCAACAAUGUCACCGAACAGAUCGCUGCCUACAACCCCCUCACGCAGGCACUGCAUCUCUUUCCCCAGCCGCUCAGGGAGAUCCUCAGCAAGGGUCUGUUCCCCCAGCCACAGCGGCCCAAGGAGAUCCGCAUGGAAGUCCUUGAGUUCCAUAUCCUCUUCUCCGAGGAGGACCAGCGGGUGUUCCGAAUGGCUCGUGUCCAAUUUCGGAACAUCUCGAAGGUGCCGGUGUGUGUUGCUGUCUUCUCACCGGCCACUAGGGAGUGGCAGGUUUUGCCAUGGCCGGCUCCACCACAGCCUGUGGAUGACGACGGGGACGACUGGUUCGGCUUUUGCCCUGGUAUGCAGAUGAGUGGAUUCGUUUACUGGAAACACAAGAGUAAAGCCUAUCUACUUGUUCUCGACAACGUGACACAGCAGUUCUCUAGAGUGAAUUUGCCGCAUUUCUUGGGAAAGAUAGACCCUACGCUGUUCAAGCUUGGUCAGACCAAGGAUGGGAAGCUCUGCAUGGUUACGGCAGAUGACUCCGACGCAAAUAUAGGAACGCUUGUUGUUCAUGUUUGGGGAGCUGAUGAUGACGGUGUUGAGAAAUGGAUGCUGGAAGAUACUUUUCCACUCAGUACAUUUAUUGACGCCAACAAGUAUUUAACAGAGGAUGAUACCACGGUGCAGAUUGAGGCCGUUAUCGAUGGCUUUGUGUACCUGUCUAUUAAGUAUGAUGAUUAUGCCGAGUCCCUCAUAUCCUUCUGCCUGGAAACAGCAGAGCUAAACACGCUCUUUGAUGAUACAUAUGCAAGCCCUGCUUAUCCCUACAUCAUGUCAUGGCCUCCUUCUUUGGUAUGCAACAAGGUGAGCCCGUGCUUGAAGACCCCGGUAAAGUAUUUUCAGACGUUUGCUCCUUAG